AUGUCACGUGCCAGGAAUAUCUUUCCGACUACCUCCACAGCAACCAAGGCAGACUCGCCCACUUACUUAAUCCAAAUGAUCGGGCCAACUGUCAAGUCUGCCAAUACAAAACCGGAGCAGAUUAUUUAUACACGAUUAAUCUCAAGAACGAAUCCGACGGAUGGCGAGACGCUGGGAUUGUGGUCGUUUUCGCCAUCAGCUCAUACGUUCUGCAAGCAAGUCGAAAUUCGAAAUCACGCUCCGGUCGGCUCUCCUCUUGGAACGAGAAUAAACUCAUAUGAUUUCAGUCAUGUGACAAGGCUGCCGGAUGAAUCUCGGUUAAAGCUCGCCCAAACCUCGAGCUCGCAAGUUCUUCUCAUUCAAUUGUCGGAGGACAUCUCUUGUACAAUGGCAGAAUUCACAAAGCGCUCCCUACACAGGUCGAGAAUCCCGCAUCUCGCUCUUUCUCUCCUUGUGAAACGCGCAACUCCACCUUUGAGACCGCGCCUUGAACAGGAGGACGCUCCUCGCCAUAUAUCAAGUUCGGCCCAAAGAUGGGCCUCUCCAAGACAAGGUCUACCACGACAACGCAAAUUUCCCCCUGUGCGCCAGCAGCAACCAUUAUCAGCUAUCUUGGAAGAACUGAAAGAAGCACCCGACGAUGACUCGUCUUCUCCACCAGACCGACGACGCUCCCUCGUACCUCGCCUGUCCUUUCAAGCCUACUUCAGAGUGGUCAUGAUAACCGGCUUCGUCUCAGCCCUGUAUUUUUCCUACCUCUACAUGUCCUACACCCGGGCCGUUAAAGAGUCGGCCAUGCUUGACUUGCCACAGAACGCCGAUGUGUCGAGCCGAUGGAUGGAUAUGUCACGGAAUUUCGACGACGAAGUCGACCUAUCCGAAAAAUUAGGGCGAAUAAGAUCGAAACGUCGGAGGCUUUGUCAAGAGGCGAACGGGAACGUCUUGGAGGUCAGUGUUGGCACUGGAAGGAACAUGGAUCUUUAUAAUUGGGAUCCGAUCAGAACACCCAGGGACAAGAGGAUCAAGAGCAUUGUAUUCAAUGAUCAAAGCGAGAUCAUGGUAUAUCAGGCGCAGAAGAAGUUUGACCAAUUGCAGGAAAAUUCCGCGCCCGAUGAGAAGUUUCGUGGGCCCGUCAAGUUCAUCGUCGGAGAUGCCGGGGAUAGGCGCGUCAUCAGCCGGCCGGAGGGUGGGUUUGACACCAUCAUCCAAACAAUGGGGGUGUGCAGUAUGGCGAACCCCGUGGGAUUUUUAAGGAGGCUAGGUGACCUUUGCAGACAGCCGGGAGAGAAGAGCACCGGAGUCAAUCUCCGGCCGGCUGUAACGGAAGAUUCAAAGACACGCCACACAGAUGUCGGCGCAUCCGAAGACGAAGGCCAAGAGGACCAAGGUGGCAAGAUCCUUCUGCUCGAACACGGCAGGUCGUACCAUGACUUCAUCAACCAAUAUUUGGACAAUGGCGCCAAAAUGCACGCUCACCGUUAUGGAUGUUGGUGGAACAAGGAUAUUGAGCAGGUGGUACGUGAUAGUGGUCUCAUCAUCGAAUCAAAAAGACGGUAUCAUUUUGGGACGACGUAUGAAUAUAUUUUGAGGCCGAGGAGGAAAGAGGUCAAAUAA